GACGCCAGCGCUGCGCGGGCCUGCCGCGGGCCGCUGGGGGCCAGGUGCUGACACCCUUUCUGGACUCUGCAUGUGGCCGCAUUGGCGACUGAACAGGCCAUCCUCUGGGAGUCCCUGGAUUGAAGUGCCCAGUCAGAGAACUUGAUUCCCCGCUGUUGGGGGAGCAGCCCACCUCGGCCAGGCAUCCCAGUCCCCACAGGAAUGCACCAUGCCAAUAGUCGAUAAGUUGAAGGAAGCCCUGAAACCCGGUCGCAAGGACUCGGCUGAGGAUGGGGAACUGGGAAAACUCCUGGCCUCCUCCGCCAAGAAGGUCCUUUUACAGAAGAUCGAGUUCGAGCCAGCCAGCAAGAGCUUCUCCUACCAGCUAGAGUCCUUGAAGAGCAAAUAUCUGCUGCUAAACCCCAAGACGGAGGGUGCCAGUCGCCCCAGGAGUGGAGAUGARGCUCAGGCCAGGAGACAGGGGAGUGAGCGCCCAUGUGGUAGUGAUGGAGUCCCAGCCCCACAGAAAGUGCUCUUCCCCAGUCACCACGGAAGCUUCUGCAUGCUGUGCRUCAUGCAGAACCACAUUGUCCAGGCCUUCGCCAACAGUGGCAACGCCAUCAAGCCCGUCUCCUUCAUCCGUGAUCUGAAAAAGAUCGCCCGGCACUUCCGCUUUGGGAACCAAGAGGAUGCGCAUGAGUUUCUCCGCUACACCAUCGACGCCAUGCAGAAGGCCUGCUUGAACGGCUGUGCCAAAUUGGAUCGUCAGACACAGGCUACUACCCUGGUGCAUCAGAUAUUUGGAGGGUACCUCAGGUCACGAGUGAAGUGUGCCGUGUGCAAGAGCGUCUCGGACACCUAUGACCCCUACUUGGACAUCGCGCUGGAGAUCCGGCAAGCUGCAAAUAUUGUGCGUGCUCUGGAACUUUUUGUGAAGCCAGAUGUCCUGAGUGGAGACAAUGCCUAUAUGUGUGCUAAAUGCAAGAAGAAGGUCCCCGCCAGCAAGCGCUUCACCAUCCACAGGACUUCCAACGUGCUCACCCUUUCCCUCAAGCGCUUUGCCAACUCCAGUGGGGGGAAGAUCACCAAGGAUGUAGGCUAUCCGGAAUUCCUCAACAUCCGCCCAUAUAUGUCCCAGAGUAAUGGCGAUCCUGUCAUGUAUGGACUCUACGCUGUCUUGGUCCACUCAGGUUACAGCUGCCAUGCCGGGCACUACUACUGCUACGUGAAGGCGAGCAAUGGACAGUGGUACCAGAUGAAYGACUCCUUGGUCCAUUCCAGCAACGUCAAGGUGGUUCUCAACCAGCAGGCCUACCUGCUCUUCUACCUGCGAAUUCCAUGCUCUAAGAAAAGUCCCGAGAGCCCCAUCUCUAAGGCAGGCUCUACCCUUCCCAGCCGCCCAAGUGUGGUUCUAGAUCAURCCAAGAAGAACAUGGGCAACGGCGUAGCUACCUCCCCAUCAAUGGCAAAGCGACCAGACCCUGUGCUGGUGAGGAAGCUGCAGGUCCCCGAGGAGAUCGGCGUGCCUGUUUCCAGGAACAGCUCUGUGCCGGCCCUGAAGUCACAGAAUGGAUGUGUUCCUGCAAAGCUGCCCUUGGGGUCACCUUUCCCCAGACUCUCAACCCCCCCCCACACCCCCACCCUUCUGGAGGAGCCUGGGAAGAAGGUGAAGAAGCCAACUCCCCCACAGCACUUCUCCCCGUCCCUGCGGACUCCUCAGGGCUCCCCUGGUACCAGCGAAUCUGGKAGCCAUCGGCAGGGCUCCUGGGCCAGCCGAGACACUGUCCCCUCUACCUCACCGAAGCUCCUGGCCAGCGCCACUGCAAAUGGGCAUGGGCUGAAGGAGGAGGACGGGAGCACGGACCUUGAGAAGGGGGCUUCUAGCAGCUCUAGCCCGGAGCACUCUGCCAGCAGUGAGCCUGCCAAGGCUCCACAGGACCGCGGGGGCACGGCCGUCCGCAUCUGUGCUUCUCAGGAAACAGACUGUCCCUCCGGUCCCUCCAGAGCACCACCAAGUGAAGCCGAUCCUGCAGUGGUGAAGCUGAAGUCSCCCGCCCUGGGCAGCGCCACCACUGAGCCUGCGAACCUCAUGUCUCCACCRCCAGCCAAGAGGCUGGCCCUGUCUGCCAGGAAGGCCAGCACCCUGCGGAGGGCGACCGGCAAUGACCUCCAYUCACCUCCCCCCUCACCAUUCUCCGACCUCACCUCCCCCAUGGAAGCUGCUCACCCCGUCGUUGCCUCCACCUGGGCUGUCAGUAGAACCAGGGCUGUGUCACCUAUCCCCCGAUCAUCCAGCCAUCCAAAGCCGCCUGUUAGCCCUCCCUCUACAUCACUGACCAGUAGUAGCCCCCAGUCCCCAGGGACUUCAGAGCCACAGAGCCGUUCCUCUUCCUGGACUGCCCUGCCUCAGGUCAAUGGGGACUUCACGUCCCUUUCAUACCAGCCGUCACUGGAGGCCAGCAAGGCCCCUCAGAGCCCCUCUAGGAAGAAGAAGAAGCUGCUCACAGGAGAGCCCCAGAAACUAGGCUCAGUGGCACGUCAGCCCCAGUGCCUCAGGGGAGAAGCUGUGGCRCCCCGCAGGAAGAGGAAAAGGAAGAAGAGGAAGUGUCCAGAGGACACGGCCGCCAUAGCCCCUCAGGAGGGUCAGACUCGGGGGCAGCCCUGGAGCCCCAAGAGCAGGAAGAAGCACCAGGCAGAGCUUGCAGCUGAUCCACAGGAGGAAGAGGGCACACGGCCRCAGGCAAACGUCCUAGAAGCCCACCACCUGAGUAGCAGGAAGCGGAGGAGGAGAGGAGUGGAGGGAUUCGGGAGAGUCGGGCUACUCCAGGACCCACCUUGGCCCAGCUGCUCCUCCCCUGACCCUAGAGAGCCUGCAUCCAGGAUGGAGUCUCCAAGGAAAAAGAAGAGGAGGAAAAGAAAGCGGGAAGCGCAGCGGGAGGAAGAAGAGAACGAUCAUCCGGAGGGCCCCAAGAGGCUGAGGCCUAGUGUCUCUGCAGUCCCCGUGUGGAGUAUGAAUGGCCAGGUUCCUGGGGACCGUCUGGGGCCAGGACAGGCUCCUCUUGUACCUUGGAACAGAGAGCGAGAACCCGAUGUGGUCCAGGAGUUGCUCAGAUACUCCUCUGACAAGGCCUACGGGAGCAAAGUUCUGAGCUGGAGUGGGGAGCCGUCCGCGAUCAGUCAGGAUGCCAUCGAGGACAACAGAUUGGCCCGCACCCAGACCUUGCUUGACCACUGGGAUGAGGAGUUUGAUCGAGGAAAGGAGAAGAAAAUGAAAAAACUCAAGAGAGAGAAGAAGAGAAACUUCAAUGCUUUCCAGAAGCUUCAGAGUAGACGGAACUUUUGGUCUGAAUGCCUUCCACAGGAGCUCCCCUGCCCCCKGCCCCCACCUCUCAGCUCUGCAGCCCGUGGCCUCAGGGUUCUGGGUCCUGCCCUGCUGGCCUGGGAGGCCCGCCCCUGCCGCCAGGUGGAUCAGGAGCGUGCUGGCCCUGGGUAG